AGCCGGGUGAGAACCUACGAGACUCCGCGUCAGGAAGAAAUAUCUUUGACGGAGAUCAAUUUAAUCCAGAGUUUACCUUACCAAGUUAGUUACAGGUUGAUGACUUGUGUAACGAAGAUGCCGGUGAAGUACUGGAUAUGUUUUACCGUCUUGCAAUGCAUUCUGUUCUUCUAUCUAUUUUCCCAUUUCGAAAUAUCAACCCAUGGAACUGGAAAAUCACUCAAGAAACAAGCACCAUCCAUCACAUUAUUUUCAGCAUGGAAUACGUUCCCAGAAAGAUAUGCAGUAUUUAACAACACAUUACGCAAUUGGCCUUUACUACAACCUCACGUGAAACUCUAUCUCUUCACCAACGAUUUCAUACCGGGUUUAAAAGAGUAUGAAAAGUUAGGUUGGACGGUGCUGCCAGUACUGAGAGAAAUCGAAGGUAAUGCCGUUAUAAAAGAUUUAUUCCUAAGAGUCAUGCAACUACAACCAGACUCAAAGCUAUAUGCACUUGUUAAUGGAGACCUCCUUUUAACUAAUUCCUUCCUGAAAAAUUUACAUGACAUUAUCGAAUCUCCUUUUCUUAAGGAUAAAACGUUUUUCCUAACUGGAAGGAAAUUGAAGAUUCCAGGCGUAACACGAGAGGAAGCAAGUUCAUGGGAGAACAUUGAAAGAGCUGCGAAGAGGGGAGUUUUGGAUAAACCAUAUCUGGGUAUAGAUUAUUACGUAACUCCCCCAAGUUAUCAUUGGCGUCUUGCCCCAGAUUUGCAAUUUAUGCGUCCCCAUUACGAUACCUGGAUGAUUUGGGACGCUCGAAGAAUGGGCCUUGUCGUGAUCGAUGCCACUAACACUCUCUUAGCACCCCAUCAAAACGCACCUUACCCUAAAAAUACUGGGGCAUUCGACAAUAACAUGAAAGUAUAUAGUAGCUGCCCGUCCAGAACUCGCUGACAAAGGAGCCAUCUAUUGCUGUGAGUUUGAAACGAUAUUAGUAAAUGGCACAGUAACGGUCCAAAAACGGAAGAAGAUACCAAACAAAUGUAUAUGGUGAACAUAUUUGGAUCGUUUCCAUAGAAGAAAAUACUAUUUACUGUCGCAAAACUAACGCGUUAUUACGCAAACUUACGCGAUGUUACGCGAAAGUAACGCACUGAACUGUUAUAACACAAUGAGACGCUUUACGAGUAUAAGAUUAUGUCUAUAAUACGGGGAUACGUAAAUGGAUAUAUUUUUAUGAAAAAUGUCAGUAUGUCGAUUUACCUACAUCUAACUAAGCUAUUUGCCAGUUAUCUGUCCACAUAUUGAAGUGAUGUCACAACUUGUCGUGAAUUCUGGCAGUAAACAAAAAUGUUAGGAUACAGAAAAUUAACUGAUCAACGGAUAUUCGACAUUUUUUUUUUUUUUUUUUACAUAUUUGACCCUUCAGACCUUAGUCAAAUGACUGGAUAACCAUUACAUUCUGUUUCCCUGGCGAAGUUUAAAUCGUCGUACUUAUUGCGAAAGCUAGUUUAUACUGUAUACAGUAACAACCCACUUACUCGAACCCGGUUUAUUCGAAUUCAUCCUCCUUUGUUGAAACAGUUUGUUUGGUCCCGACCAAAUUCGCACAUAAUCUGCAUUAAACACCCCCGGAUAUGUCAACCGUUAUUCCGGGAAUAAUCUGUUUUUUUUUCCACAAACAGUAAUGUAUCCCGACUUUUGAUCAUCAUAGCAUUGAUCCUAUCAGUCGUCCAUCAUGUAUGACCUGUUCCGCCUGACAUAUUUUUACCUGUGUUUCACUUAGUCUACAGUCUACAGAUAUCGACAACACUACGUGUGUUGACACGGGUGUCUGAUCAUUACAACAGGUAAUAACAUGAUACGCGGUAGUAUUAAUUUGGUACGUCCUGUUUGCAACGUCGAUCACGUUAAGCGAAAAGUUUUCACAUAAAUACUAGCCGCUGUGCUGACAAGAGUGAUUAUGUAUUUGUGUUAAACCAUGUUGCGGGAUGGUGAUAUAAUGUUGUAAGCUAAAAGCGGGUUCUCGAAAUUUAUAUUUGUUCUAUGUGGUUAGGUUUUAUUGCACAAUUAGCAUCAUAUACAUAAGAAUAUACAACCGGAAGUGUAUAUAUGACGAACAUUAACGCUGCGCAGUAAGUAGAUUUCUGAUCCGGUUCCUUUCACUAUCUGUCCAUUGUAGCUAACCCUAACUAAUGUAUAUUUAUAUAUGAUGCUUCAUAUCUUAUUAAAUGUUGUAAACCUGAA